AUGAUAGCAGAUCAAAGUGUCAUGAUGGAGAAUAUGAAUACAAAAAUAGAAGGUAAUGACGGAGGAAGUGCGGGAAAUAAACGCCCGUAUGAAAACGAUCAGCAGCAACAACCACAGCAGCCCAGCCAACUAGAAGUUAAACGUAGUCGAAUAUCUAAAGUUGAUUGUCGGUUCUUGUUACAAAGUAGAGAUGCAGGAUGUAUCAUUGGUAAAGGUGGUAAAACAAUUCAACAAUUACGGACGACACACCGUACAAUUAUUCAGGUUCCAGACUGUGAUGCGCCAGAACGAGUUUUAACCAUUACAGGUGACAUGGAACAAAUUCUUGAAUGUGUUGCUAACAUUUUAAACGUUAUAUCUGAAAAUCAACGUGUUCGACCAGAUAUAUCAGAAAUACGUGCAUUAAUUCAUCAGAGUCAAGCCGGAGCUAUUAUUGGCAAAGGUGGUCAGCGUGUUAAAGAAUUUCGUGAGAAAUACAAUCUUGAUGUAAAAGUGUAUCCUCAAUGUGCUCCUGGUGGCUCAACUGAAAGAUGUAUAUCGAUGCGUGGUCAACGUGAAGAUGUCAUGCGUUGUUUAAAGGAAGUAUAUAGUAUACUAGAAUCAGUUCCCCCACGUGGCCCAUCGCGAUAUUAUGAUCCGAAUAAUUACGACGGUUAUAAUGUACAAGAAUAUGGUGGAUUUCCAGAUGGUCAAAAUCAGCAAAGACGUGGCGGUUUUAACAAUAACAAUAACAAUCGAAACAAUUACAAUAAUUUCAAUAAUAAUAAUAAUAAUAACAAUUACAAUCAACAGCAGGGUUGGAAUAAUGGUGGAAAUGAUGGUUAUGGCGGACGUGGAGGAGGAAAUUAUAAUGAUUAUGAUUCACGUGGCGGGAACAGCCAAGGAAAUGCGCCUGGUUUAACUACUACACAAGUAACGAUACCAAAUGAUUUAGCAGGUUGCGUAAUUGGAGCUCGUGGAUCUCGUAUAUCACAAAUAAGACAACAAUCAGGAGCUGAAGUUCGAAUUGAUAGUCAACCAUUACAGGAUACAAAUGAUCGCGUUAUUUCAAUAACAGGCACUCCUCAACAAAUUCAACAAGCUCAGUAUUUAUUGCAAAUGGCUGUUAAGCAAUCUGGUUUAUGGCAAGGGCAAAAUUAA